AUGAGUAAUCUAUCGAGAUCACGAAAUAACCAUGCUGCCUCAUCUUUAACCCGCAGUAAUAGUUCAAUUACUAAAUUCAUUUUUAUAUUUUCCCAAUUAUUUAAAUUAGCUCAUUCAUUACCAAUUUUUUCAAGUACAGUUUCAAAUUCAUUAAAUCAUAAUGAUUACGCCGAUACUAGAGAAACUAUGACUCGUGAAGAGUUUUAUGUUAAUCUAUUCACCUCGAUUUUCUUGGUUUUAGCAGGUGGUGUAUUUGCUGGAUUAACCCUUGGAUUAAUGGGACAAGAUGAAGUUUAUUUAAAAGUUAUUGCCACUAGUGGAGAACCCAAAGAACGUAAACAUGCCAGAAAAGUAUUGGAAUUGAUUGGAAGAGGUAAGCAUUGGGUAUUGGUUACAUUAUUAUUAUCUAAUGUCAUUACUAAUGAAAGUUUGCCAAUUGUUUUAGAUAAUUGUUUAGGAGGUGGAUGGCCAGCUGUUGUAACUUCAACAGUUGCGAUUGUUAUUUUUGGAGAAAUUAUUCCACAAUCUAUUUGUGUUAGAUAUGGUUUACAAGUUGGGGCAUUAUUUGCUCCAUUUGUUUUAUGUUUAAUGUAUAUUAUGUAUCCAGUUGCUUAUCCAUGUGCUUUAUUAUUGGAUCAUAUAUUAGGUGAAGAUCAUGGUACUGUUUAUAAAAAAUCCGGCUUAAAAACAUUAGUUACAUUACAUAGAACUAUGGGAGUUGAAAGAUUGAAUCAAGAUGAAGUUACUAUUAUUAGUGCCGUGUUAGAUUUAAAAGAAAAACCAGUUAGUUCAAUUAUGACCCCAAUGGAAAGAGUAUAUACUAUGAGUGCAGAUACUUUAUUAGAUGAAAAAACCGUGGAAGAAAUCUUUAAUGCUGGGUUCUCGCGUAUUCCAAUUCAUUUACCUAAUGAACCAUAUAAUUUCAUUGGAAUGUUAUUAGUUCGUGUUUUAAUUAGUUAUGAUCCUGAAGAUGCUCUUCCAGUGGCAUCAUUCCCAUUGGCUACAUUACCUGAAACCGCAUUAGAUACUUCAUGUUUAAAUAUUUUGAAUUAUUUCCAAGAAGGGAAAUCUCAUAUGAUUGUAGUGAGUGAUCAUCCAGGUGAACCCACUGGUGCAGUUGGUGUUUUGACCUUGGAAGAUGUGAUUGAAGAAUUAAUUGGAGAAGAAAUUGUUGAUGAAUCGGAUGUUUAUAUUGAUAUUAAUAAGAAUAUUAAAAGAACUCAACCUGGUCCAUUAUCAAAACGAAAUUUAACUACUUAUUUACAUAGUUUAUAUCAACGGUCAGGUCCAAAUUCAAAAAGAAAUUCGUUGGAUUCUUCAACAUCUCAUCAACAUGUUGAUUUAGUUGAUCGAUUGAAAAAAGGAUCAGAAACAACAAUAUCAUCAACUCCAAAUAGUUUCCACAAAGAUCAACAACCACCACUAGCACUAUUACCACCAUCAGCAACACCAACACCAGGACUUCCACAAACUAGUGGGGAUUCUUCUUCGGCAGUUGGAAAGAAUUGGAAACCAAAAAACCCAGCCGCAAACCCCCUUGAAACCAAUAAGAAAUUCGUCACCAUAAAACGACCAAAUCAAGAUACAAUCGAUUCAGUCACCAAAGCCGCGUCCCCCUCCCCGAUCCCAAAACAAUACGGAGCAGUAUAUCCAACUGAACAAGGUGCAAUCAUUGAAGCCCAACGUCGCUCAUUCGAACUGGAAAGAUAUCCCCAUUAUCAUUAUCGUCAUCAUAAUAAUAGUACUGGAAAUCAUCGGUUUUUGUUACCGGAAGAAAGGGAGGCUGAUGUGUCUGAAAUCAAUGAGGAACAACAACAAGAUGGAUAUCAUGGACAUAUUCAUCAUAAUGGACAUGUGGAUGUUCCGAUUGCCACUAGAAUACCGAAUAAAUCAAGCCCGAUGGCUAUUCCAGAAUAUCAAGAAGCUAGAUCAUAUAAGACCGGAGGGAUUAUUGAGAGUGUGAUUAAUGUGGAUGGGGUACAUAAGACGAUUAUUGAGAAUGUUUCGGAUGAUGAUGAUGGGGUUGAGAAUCCGUUUGAUGAUAUAUUGAGUAAUAAUAGUGAUAAUGAUAAUGAUGAGAGGGAGAGUAAAAAGAAUAAGCGAAGAAAGAAGAAGAAGACGAGUGCUAAGAAGAAGACGAAAUCUACUCCGGUUUUAAGAAGUGAUUCUUUUAAUUUGAAUAGUGUUGGUGGUGAUAGGAAUAGAUCUAGUCAUCUGAUGGAAAUUAUGGAUGGAGUUGGACCUCUUGAGAAUGGCGAUGAUGAUGAAGGAAGGCGAUUGUUGGUUAGUAAUGGACAUGAUUCGGAUAGUCAUAAUAACACUAGGAAGAAGAUUAGUGUUUGGGAUAGAUUGACGGGUUCUUCGUCACCUGAUGAAUAG